AUGUCGGUCAACGUGAAUAUGACCGCUGAUGAACAUGGACGUCUUGAUUGCGAACAUUUGGAUUUUGAUAAAUACGAAUUUGGCCAAAAUUUGACUAAAGUUGAGAAAGUGGAUCAUUACGCUUUGGCGUACAAUAAUUUACCAGUCAACUGUGCCGCCAUCAAUAAAAUCAAACGACAGGAAAAUGGAGUCUACCGCAUCAAACCCAAUCYCCAACCGUCUUUCUAUGUCUAUUGUGACAUGGUAACUACUGACGGAGGAUGGACAGUUAUACAGAGACGUCUGGAUGGCGCGGUUGAUUUUUACCGCGCUUGGAACGACUACAAACAGGGGUUUGGUAACAAGAMCGGUGAAUAUUGGCUGGGACUAGAUCGUAUCCACGCUAUGACGUCACAACGAAGUUUCCGGCUUCGUGUUGACUUGGAAGACUUUGAUAAGAACACGCGAUACGCGGAGUACGAUAYUUUUAGUAUCGCUGAUGAAGCURACAGUUUUCGCCUYUCUAUUGGCAACUACUCAGGUGAUGCAGGUGAUUCUCUCCACUAUCACAAUAAUAUGGCUUUCUCCACCAAAGAUCGAGACAAAGACACGAGGAAUGGCGCAUGCGCCGUGACCUACUCUGCCGCAUGGUGGUAUGCUAGCUGUCACCGCAGUAAUCUUAAUGGUCUUUAUUUGCGUGGCACCACUAGUCAGUUUGCAAAGGGUGUAAUUUGGUAUACCUGGAAAGGCCAUUAUUAUUCUCUGAAGAGGUCCGUUAUGAAAAUUAAGCCUAAAUAUUGA